UUUAUUUUGACAAGAGAGCAGCACCGGAAGUUACAUGCCACUUUAUGGCUUGAUUGUUUAUGGAGCUUGGACCGAGACGUUGUUGUCCUCUGAGCUUCACAACAUGAGAAGAAAACACACGACAUCAUAAAAAAGGGCCCACAUCAGCCAGACAUGGAUCCAGCCUUCGAGAGGCACUGCUCGGAGCUGGUAGCCCGGGAGAGGAGCGGACACACGGCUGUGGUGGAGGACAACCUCCUGUAUGUGUGGGGAGGUUACAUGUCAAUUGCUGACGAUGAAGUUUUCCUACCCAAUGAUGAAAUCUGGGUAUAUGACUUGGAACGAGGUGUAUGGAAAGUGUUUCACAUGACUGGGGAGGUCCCUCCUUCUAUGUCUGGGACCUGCGGCAGCUCCCUGAACGGACACAUGUACAUAUUUGGAGGUUGUGAUGACAACGGACAGACCAGUCAGAUCUAUUGUGUCAACCUGACAGACGGCAAAUACAUGUGGAGGAAGAUCUUACACGAAAGCGGUUCUGCUCCCUCGCCUCGAGACAAACUGACCUGUUGGGUUUACAAUGGAAGGCUCGUUUACUUUGGAGGAUAUGGUCACAAACUACUGACUGAUGUUGACACCAGGAACAGAAGCUUCAUUGUAGAUGAAGCAUCAUGGGUAGAAGACGUCUUCUGGGGAUGGAACAAUGAGGUUCAUGUCUUUGACCCUGUGCAUGAAGGUUGGAGAGAACCAAAGACCCAUGGUCGUCCUCCCGCCCCCAGAGCCGCCCACGCCAGUGCCACAGUUGGAUGUAGAGGAUACAUUUGUGGAGGCAGAGUCAUGGAAACCAGGACGAGUGACAUCCACUGCCUGGACCUCAACUCAUGGACAUGGUCAGAAAUAAUCCCGGUGUCGUCCUCUCCUGUGGGCAGAUCGUGGCAUACACUCACAGCAGUAUCGGACGGGUCCUUGUUCCUGUUUGGAGGCCUCAGUGUAGACUGCAAACCAAUGAGUGAUGGGUGGUUGCUUGAUGUUGAAACAAAGAAAUGGAGAGAAAUUGAGCAUCCUUUUAAGAAUAAACCAAGGUUGUGGCACACAGCUUGUCCAGGCAAAGACUCUGAUGUGAUUGUGUUCGGUGGAAGUUGUGACUACAUCCUCCUUGUCGACACUGGUCACUGCAACGAUGCACUUGUCUUCCAGAUGCAGCCUCAUCCUCUGUUCCGGAUUUGUGAGGAUUACAUUGCAAAGAAUGUGAAGAACUAUGAAGUGCUCAGAAGUCAGCUUCAUCUCCUGCCUCCCAAACUACUGACAGCCGUUCAGAGGAGGAUGUCUUUCUACAGACCAUCAAAGAAACAGAAUUAUUAGUUAAAGGAAAGUCUUUAUUGCCAAAAAACAAUACGUACUGUACUCCCUUCAGUGUGAAAAUCUCAGUCACGCAGUUGGGUAGCAUAUUUAUUUUUUAACUAUAUUGUGCAAAAUAUUUUAUGGUGUCAUGUUUUAUUUGUGUAUAAAUGCACAUUUCAUUAUGUACAGUCUGCCUGCUGAAAUAUGAAACAAACCUGUUCAUGUGAUGACUGUGAGGAUUAAAUGGGACAUCAAACAGUU